AUGUUUUAGAAAGCAUCUCCAAAGUAAGUUUAUUUUCGUGAGACAUGUAUCACCUUAUGUCUUCUUAUUAUCCAAAAUAUAGACUCAUCAAAUUUAUGAACAAAAUGUACCUGUCGAUAUUAUGCAAUCCAAAUUGUUUGUGCUUCGACUAUUAUCAGCAUGUACACAACAUCAUUGGCAACAUUGUCGAGAGCUUGAGAAAGAAAAAAAUCCUGAUGCACCACCCAGUUCAUUAAGAGUAAUUUUACCACCCUUGGAUGCAGCCCUGAUUUCCUUUAUUCUCGUCUUGAUGAGUCGAUAUGUCACACAAUACCACUUGAUUGAAGAAUCUUCUAAUCUCGAACAAAACAACACGCCCCAGCCCUAUAUCGACUUGAGCGAGAACGAGAAUGGAUACACAUACGAGCAAAUCAAGCUUAGUUUGAUCACAGAUAUCUACAAGGCAUCCUCCAAGAUUCUGUAUUACAUUAGUGCUAGUAAUUGGGAUGCUUGUUAUGCCAAGAUUAAAAAUGCUGUGCUCAGUCUGGAUUCAAUCAAUGGUGCUUCGGACGAGAUUCCUCCUGAAAUUCGCAUGUUGGAAAGUAGUUGUUUGACAAGAGAUAGAUUGUUUACUAUCUUUUCAGAACUCAGUCCCUAUUAUUUACAUAUGAGGCAUGAAGGCAAACUCCUGUUUUCAAAGAUGAUACGCAGAGCCAUAUGGAAGUGGAUUGAGGAAUUCCCUUCAGAAUUUGCACAAGUCUGCACAAGCAAUGGACGCCUUCCUUCAGGUUCUGAAGUCUUGUUUGAUAUGUGUAACUCAACGGCUGAUAACUCGAGAAAGAAGGCAAUUCUUUGGCCCCUUCAGACCAUCCUACUUGUCUUGUCACCUGAAUUGCUGCUUCAGGCAUUUUUGGAUACAUCACCUACGCACAACCGACGUGCCAAUUUCCUCAGCUUGCUUAGAAAAUCAUUACAGACAACAAGAAAUGUUGACAUUGCUGCUGUGUGUUAUGUGGAUCUCUGUAAGGCAGCCACAUUCGUGCCUCCUGACAAUGACAGCAUGUUGCGUUCAAUUGCAGCUGAUGUGGAAGCCGAACUGAAGGAAAAGGUCUGGGACUUUAACAAAACACCCAGUUCUGAGUCUACGUUAGCCAUGCUGGGUUACACGAUCGAUCAGCAGAAACUAACUACCGACUUUUUGCUGGCUCACCUUCGUCUUCAUCCUGAAGAUAUACUGAAGACCAUCGUGCCUUCUUGUGUUCCUGAAAAUGUACCUAUAUUAUACAAGUUGGCGUUGGUCAAGACAUGUUUGAUCAUUGUACAAGAUGAGAAUCACCUGCCUUGGAAUCCGAAAAUCUCAAGCAUGUAUAAUGGUCUAUGCACACCAUUGCGCAAAUUGUUCCUUCAGACCACCAACAUUGAUUUGAAUAGCAGUGCCAUUAGUAAAAAGAGAGAGACACAUAGUAACCACAAUAACCGGGUUGAAUUACUAUUGGAUAUGUUGCGAUUGUUCCGUAUAGAUCCACAACUUGCAUUGCUUGGUGAUGAUGAAGAUCGAGUAGAACAAAACAGUGCAUUUAUGUCUGGAUUAGCCACAUUGGUUCAACAUCCUGUUCGACGCAUCCGCCAAGAAUCUUUAGAAUUGCUACUCAAAAUGCAUCAUGUAGAGAUUGUGAAUAGUUGGGGUCCUACAGAGAAUGCAUUGGCUAAUUUCUGGCAAGUAUCUUCACCUGUGUUGUUGAACAUUGCCCGACAGAUUCUGGAUUGCAAGUCUAAUGAAGAAUACCACAAAACUUUAUUACAACUAUUGAUCAGAUUAUUCAAGACAAGAUAUCAAUUUCUCAAGACGAAAAAGGCAUAUUUAUCCUCAAAUCCUUUUAGUAUGCGAGAAAGGCUGCAGGCAGCUAUUGCAAUUGAAAUUGCCUUAUUAGUCUCUUUAUGUUCACCUAACAAAGAAAUUUGUGAUGAAUCUUUAAAGUCAAUUGGCCAAUUUUGUAGAGAAGCUCGCAUUGUCGACCUGAGUGAUGAGGAGCAAGCCUAUUCUUUAUCUAUCUAUUCUAAUUUAAAGGCCUAUGAAGACUUAUGUGCAGACGAUUCUCGAUUUGUGGGCCGCAAAGCUCAACAGAAACGAAUCCGCAAAUACAUUCGUAUGUUUCCUACACAUACACCAGGUAACAUGGCUGCUUGGGAAGAAGCAUGGAUGCGAUGGAAACAACUCACUGUGUUGAUUAAUCGUCUUUCUGAUGAAAACGCCGAAGACAAUUCAUUUGAGACCAACAGUACUUCAAUUAGUGGCAUAAACAGUUCUGGAACCACUCUUGUCUCUAGUAACAGUACCAUCAAUAGUAACAGCAGUAACAAAAAGCUGCCUUUGCCUCGAGCUGGAGGUGAUAAAAUGAUGCGCAAUGUGAGUGGUACAUCAACACUUGUUAGUGUUCCCAAAUCACAACAGAGCCUAGAUUUUUGUGAAGAGAAAGCGAUUGAAUGGCAAAACUAUACAGGUUUCUUGGCCGCUUUGGGUAGCUGUUGUUUGACAGAUUCAGACGGUAGCAAGCCUAAUUCUAUUGUUGAACAAUCACACAGAGCGUCUUCACCAAGCGAGCCUUCCAUGAUGGUUGACCGAUUUAUUAGUGAUAUGACAGACAUGUUGAUUUCUGAUAAUGUGCGUAUACGUGAAGGUAUUAAGGACAUUAUUGGUAAUGAUCUUAGUCCUGCACUCUAUGUCAGUUUGUUCCGUCAUCUUGAGGUACAUAUGAACCGAUUCUUUGAUUCCAAUGGCGAUGCUAUCCGUAGUCCUCAAAACAAACUGUUCGUCGAGCAAGCAGUUCUCUCUCUCAAGCUAAUUUUGGACCGACUUGUAAAUCCUUCUGAUUGCUUAUUGAACAUUGACUUUAGUGUCCUAAUCAACAAAUUUGCUGACUAUUUGAAUGGUCUUCCCAAUACGUACAUUACAAUGCGUAUCAAGAUCAAAAUGUGCUUUUUAAUUGAAACUAUCAUGCACAAAAAAGAACAAGUCAUCAUUCGAGAUGAGAUGAGACUUCGUAACAAGUUGUUGGAAAUCAUUGUAGAAUGGACAAGCGAUUUUGCCAUACAACGAAAGCCUGUUGAAGCAGGCCAACAUGUAGAUCGUCUACAAAAGGAUUUGGACCAAGCUUGUCUCAAAGCUAUUGUCAGUCUACUUGAACAGCUUCCACUCCAACCUUCUGAAGCCGUGCGUCCUGCCGAAAUCUCUCAGAUUAAAAGCAAAAUGUUCCUCAAAUACUUUGCUUUCUUUCGCAAAUUCUUAGACAGAUACAAACAGUCAGAGCGUGAUGUCAACAAAUUAUCUGUUAGCACCAGUGCGAUGAAUGGUCAGCUUAUGAGUCCAAGGGAUUCUUCGUUCAAACCUCUUGCUUCAGGUAGCACAGGCGGACCCAGUUCUGAACCUUAUACUGAUGUUGGACAGAUGAAGGAGCUUACCGUAUUAGCCAUGUCACACUUACUUAGCGCCAAUGUAGAUGCUGGCCUCAAGUAUUCUUUAUCGAUGGGUUAUGAUGAAGAUCAAGAAGCCCGUAAAGCAUUUAUGCAAGUGUUGACUAAUAUUCUUGAUCAUGGCAUUGAAUUCGAAACAUUGGCAGAAAAUGUUAUGACAGAUAGAUAUGAAAAACUCAUCGAUAUUCUUGUCGAUGCGGAUAUGGAGAUUGUCAUGUCCUUGUGCGAAGUUUGCCCUUCUCAAGACACCACAGAUGUUGCCGAAAUCUUACUCAUUUGCUUUGAAUCGCGUGGUAAAGUAAUUUCCUUAUUGAAGGCUGUUGUACAAAGAGAAAUUUCUUUAACAGAACAAGAAGCAACUCUGUUCAGAGGCACAACCAUGGCCACACGCAUCUUGUCUAUUUUUGCCAAAUUGUCAUGUCUAGAUUAUGUUCGUAUCACAUUGCAGCCAGCGAUGGAAGAAAUCAAUGCAUUGCCAGACGAUCAGUUGACUUGGGAACUUGACCCUACUAAAGUGGGUUCAGUAGACGAAAUCGCAAGGAAUAAGCGAAAUGUAGUAAAAGCAACUGAGAUUUUUCUGAAUGCUAUCUGUGGAUCAGUAGAUAAUGCACCCAAGGUCUUCCGUGAGGAAUUAUCAUUGAUCAGUGAAGCUGUCAACUCCCGUUUCCCUGAAGCCAAGUCGACUGCUGUAGGUGGCUUUGUGUUCCUGAGAUUAUUUGGUCCUGCUAUUUUGACACCUGAACAAGCAGGUUUUGCUAAACAAGCAUUGCCCAAAAACACCAAUGUUCGCAAGAUUCUACUCCAAGCAACCCGUAUCAUGCAAAAUUUGGCAAACAAUAUUCUGUUUGGUUCUAAAGAAACACACAUGAUUGUGUUAAACGAUUUCUUGACAAGCAAUAUUUACAAAGUAACGAGUUUCCUGAGAGCCAUUUCUACAGUGCCUGCUGGUAUGGAAGAUGCGUCUUCCGCCACUUUACGUAUGGACCAAUCUGGUUAUGUUCGUCUACACAAGUAUCUGUCUGACAAUAUGGAGCGCAUGACACGCGAUUUGACAAGCCGAAGGCUACUCAAGGGAUCUUCAGAUCAAUCUCUCCUGGGCUGGAAACGCACACUUGAUCGCCUCUCCAACCUUCUUGCUCAAUUAGGUACUCCUUCUGAGAUCUCAGGCUCUAGUGUCUCUUAUGCUCGCAACUACACUGUAGCCAACAGCAAUCAUAUUUACAGCGAAUUCAUGCGUCGUAAUGGUCACCGUGAUGUGACACCUAUCAAUGGUGCCAACAUGUUCUAUAAAGGUGGUAAUUCCAAAGGAGGUCGCCCUGUCUUUUACAUGGUGUGUCGUCAUUUAGAUGUAGAUGAAACUGAUUUUGAGCUUUUAACAUACUACAUGUUGCGUGUAAUGGAACCUUAUCUUGGCCAGCCAUUUGAAUUCUUGUUCGAUCUUACUGAAUUUACCUCGAGUCGUUCUAUACCUAUCAAUUGGUUCACUCAAUUCUUCCAGCUUGUGUUUAGUGAGAUGAACGAUUAUCUUGUCACACUUCAUUUGUAUAACCCAACGGUGUUUAUGGCAAAGCGUAUUCGACAAUUACCUCGCGAUGUUGUCAACAAAUUGGUCAAAAGAGCUCGUUUCUAUACUUCUUUAACCGAACUCUCUGAAUUCAUUGCUCCUGCUAAUAUCAAAUUACCUAAAGAAACACUUAAUAUGGAGAGAGAGACUUGUGUCACUGUGUCUCCUGUUUCGAGAAUCUCAAACCUUAAAUCCUCUGUGCCCAUUACAGUCAAAAUUGGUCCUGAACACAUUCAGCUUAUUACAAUAAAGAAGCAAGAAAUCAUUAGUAACUUGAGUACUGUGUAUAGAGAUGUACUUCACAUUUCAGAUAUUGAAGAUGUUGUUUCACUGCCUUCUGUCAAGCCUGAAAAUGGAGGUGAGGUUUCUAUCAAGUAUGACAGAGGUAAAUCUAUCAUGGUUUUAUCUUCAACAAAGCGAGAUCUUCUAGUGCAGCUUUUGCGUCAGAGUAAACAACGUUAUGAAACAUCUCAACCUGUUACUACCAACGAAAGAUCUGUCAGACCUAGUGAUGUGCCUGGACGAUUACUUAAUAUGGCAUUGCUUAACAUUGGCAGUGAAAACCCUGGUCUUCGAUUGACAGCUUAUAACUUGCUUUACUCACUCAGUUUAUCGUUCAGAUUUGACAUUGGAAAUCAAUUGUUAAAUGCCAGAGAUUUGUGUAUUCCUUCCAAUAGCACAGAUUUUAUUGUCAGUAUCAGCGAAAGUUUAGCACAGUCUGAAAUCCAUUUGACACUUGAAUUCUUAAAUGAAGCACUUACAGGUUUACUCAAAUGUACUGAACCCAUGCGUCAACUGUGUCUUGAUUAUAUGGCACCAUGGCUUCGUAAUUUAGGCGUCUAUGCUCGUCAUUCACCCGAAGACCAUAAAAAGAACCUUUCCAAGACAAAAGAUGUGAUCAAGCUAUUGAUUGACUUGACAUCGAGACAUCCAGAGAUAUACAAGCAUGUCCAAGCCAAAAUCUGGAAGACAAUUGCAGAAGUAGACGAUGUUACCAAUCUUGUGAUUGAAUGCUUUGUUCAAUACUCUGUAGAAAAUGGCGUUGGAUCACCACAAGCAGAAAUUGUUGCAGACACACUUGUAACCAUGUCGAGUGUCUCAAUUCGAGGCAAGGUUAUUAGCCGUAUGAGAAGAGUGAUUGAAAACACAUCUGUCCAACCUUGUCGUCACUUGGUUGAACAUACUUCAUGGAAUGAAAUUGCUGUUCUUCUUCGGUUUAUCCUGAUGCUUUCUUUCAACAAUACAGGCCCUGUUGUGCCUUGUAUUCCCGAGAUAUUCCAUAUUGUUUCGUUAUUGGUUGUGACUGGUCCCACAUUCAUUCGAUCUUCAGUUCAUGAAUUGGUCGUCAAUACUAUUCAUACACUCUGUACACUUGGAGUGCCACUCAUAGACGAUAAUAUCAAGAAGCUUCAAUUCGUACUGAAUGAUGUCUGCGACAGCAAAAAUAGAGUUGCAUUUGGUCUCACAAAGCAACAUGCCAAUGCAUUUACAAUCACCAAAGAAACAAUCACUGAUUUUGCAGAAGCGAUCGAUCUUACAUCCUUACAGACUAUCGUUCGCCUUUUAUUAGAUGCCUUGAACUUUGGUGCUCCGACAGUUGAUAUUGCUAACAUGUGGAGAGCAAGAUGGAUGGGCCUGGUGGCAAGUACAGCAUUCUAUUUUAAUCCUGCUAUUCAGCCCAGAUCAUUCGUUACAUUAGGCUGUUUGGCUCAGGAUGAAGUAGACGACGAUCUAAUCUAUCAAGUCUUGGUGGCUCUUAAAGGUGCUUUGGCCAUUUUUAAUGAAUCAGACUCCAGUUUGAUUGUCAGUAUUAUGAUGUGCUUGAGCAAUAUUAUUGAUAACCUACCUGCUGAUUCUCGAUACUUGUUGCAACUAUUUUGGUUGGCUAUUGCGCUUGUGCAAGUUGGUCAUACAGUCAUCUUUCAAACAGCAGUUGAAUUUCUACAAUCAGUGCUUCGUGCUUUGGACGCAAGAAAACUGUUUGUUCAUCGCUCAAUUGAACAAGUCUUGUUAGAGGCCAGAAUUGAAUUGGGUGAUGUAGCUGACGAAUUGGACAGUGUAUGUGGUGUUGACUUUACCAGCUAUUUCUCAUUUGCAGUUGCUGUUAUCCUGUUGAAGGGCUUAAAACAAUGUGAAAAUAAGGAUGUUGUCUUCCAAUGUUUGACAGCAUUCUUAGAAAUUGACUGCAAGCGACCUAUGGAGCAAAGUUAUAUUGAGGCAAAAACACUUGGUUAUCUUGCUGGUCUAUUGCCAUUUGCAGCCAAAGACAACACAUUACGUGAAUUGCUACGUUUAGCUGGUAUCAAUGAUAUGGAACUUGAUGGAAUUGAUUUUGGCACAUCGCACACAGGCUUGUUUGAAUUGCUAGAAAUUCCAGAUAACAGUACAGCCCUAUUGUUGAUUUCACUGUUGGUGACAUUAUUAAAUGCAUCUGACAAUGAAUCUGAACGACUUUUCCUGUACUCCUUAUUGGCAGACGCUGCUACUUCUGUUCCUGAAGUGUUUGCUCUUGUAUAUGAAUCUUUGUUACCUAAAAUGAAUCAAAUGGUCGUAAACAGUCAAAAUCAAGAAGUGAUUGAAGCCGUCAAAAGUAUUCUAUUGACAGCAUGUUCAGAGCCUGCUUUCAUUGCUGUAGGACAAGCUUCAACUGCACACAAGCGCACACAGAAAUGGGGACUUGACAAUCUAAAGUUCUCAUCCCUUGGAGAUCCUACUUUUGGCGCUAUUAAAACAAAUAUAGGAUUUAAUGCCAAAUUAGCCAGUAAAUUACUUGGUGCUAUUACAGACCAACGAUAGAAUCUAUUUUAAAUCAAUCCUUGUUGUAUUCCCCCCUUCCUUUUAGAAUUAUAUAUGUAUUUUUACGAACUAUGUAUUGCACAAACAUGAAGCAAAUAAAUGACACAACUAAAUAAGC